GGAAAUACACGGCUCCCGUCCUCGGCUCUCCAGCUCAGAAACACACAGGCGUAGGCAGGUCCACGGAGACACGACACCCGAAGCGGCAGAACACAAACAGCAGCUGCCACGGGGACACACACGUAGCUUCAGUUCCCGCUCCGUGCCGUCAGAUCCACGGGCAAUGACGUAACGCAUCUGUCAGGCGUGGUCUCCAGGCUGGCAGCCCCGCCCCCCUUGGCGUCACGUCCCCCUCUCCCCCCCCGGCCCCCGCUAAUGGAGAGGAUGAGGAAGAUCAAACGGCAGCUGUCACUCACUCUGGGGAGGGGCGGGUCCGGGGGAGGUGACAGGACACUGAGUGACACCAUCACUCAGGAAGCAACGUCACACAGCGACUCAGAGGUGGUGUCUCUUCGUUCCUCUGGAGGUUUGAAGGUUCGAUCUUCAUCCUCUUCAGUUCAGUCUUUACUUCAGUCGUACAGCACCUCACUGAGGAAACCCAGAGGCCUCGGACGCAGCCUGAGCUCCUACCUGAACCACGCCACCAGACUGGAGAUCGUCCAUGAAGAUGUGAAAAUGAGCUCAGACGGAGAAAGCGAUCCAGCUUCUUCUUCUGAUGAUGUUCAGAGUCCAGUUAAAGUCAGAAUGAGGAAUAAGAAGAUCUCUACUGAGGACAUCAACAAACGCCUGUCGUUACCAGCUGACAUCCGUCUUCCAGACGAUUACCUGGAAAAGUUUAAUGUGAUUGGUCCAGCUCUGUUCGAGCAGCCAAUCAGCAGGCGGCUGCGUAGAGUGUCUCUGUCAGAAAUUGGUUUUGGGAAGCUGGAGACUUACAUCAAGCUGGACAAACUGGGAGAGGGGACCUAUGCCACAGUGUAUAAAGGUCGGAGUAAACUGACUGAAAACCUCGUGGCUCUGAAGGAAAUUAGACUGGAACAUGAAGAAGGAGCUCCGUGUACUGCAAUCAGAGAAGUGUCUCUGUUGAAGGAUUUGAAACACGCCAACAUCGUCACGCUUCAUGACAUCAUCCACACACAGAAAUCCCUCACACUGGUGUUUGAGUACCUGGACAAGGAUCUGAAGCAGUAUCUGGACGACUGUGGAAAUGUCAUUCAUGUUCACAAUGUCAAACUCUUCCUUUUCCAGCUGCUGCGAGGUUUGUCGUACUGCCACCGGAGGAAAGUUCUCCAUCGAGACCUAAAACCACAAAAUCUGCUGAUCAAUGAGCGAGGAGAGCUCAAGCUAGCAGACUUUGGUUUGGCUCGAGCAAAGUCGAUCCCAACAAAGACAUACUCCAACGAGGUGGUGACGUUGUGGUACCGACCACCUGACAUCCUGCUGGGCAGCACCGACUACUCCACUCACAUCGACAUGUGGGGUGUUGGCUGCAUUUUUUACGAGAUGGCGACAGGUCGACCUCUGUUUCCUGGUUCCACAGUCGAGGAGGAGCUUCACUUUAUCUUUAAAUUGCUGGGUACUCCCACAGAGCAGACCUGGCCUGGGAUCACUUCUAAUGAGGAGUUUAUGGCGUUUAACUAUCCUCAAUACAAAGCAGAGAGACUGAGUAACCACACUCCCAGGCUCAGCACUGAAGGAGUGGAGCUGUUGUCAGAAUUCCUACAGUUUGAGGGGAAGAAGAGGAUCUCUGCAGACGAGUCGAUGAACCACUCUUACUUCAGUAACCUUGGAAAGAGAGUGAAGUUACUUCCUGACACGACGUCCAUCUUCACCCUGCCAGAGAUUCAGCUUGAAAAGGAAAUGAUGAGACCAACAGCAGCAGCAGCACCGGAUCCAGCAAACAGUCCAAACAGGAGGCGGAGUAUGCUUUUCUGACAUCGUGGAGAGGCGGAGUCUGCUGCUGGACAAACAAAGGGACAGGAAGUGAUGAUGAUGCUUUUUUCCUAGAGGAUUUACUGCAAGUUACUUUACUAACAGCAAGUGCAACAGAGUAGAAGAAAACAGAAGUUACUAUUAUUUAUGACGAGAAGAUGAAGCCUGUUGUUUACACAGAUAGGAAAUUAUGAUUCGCUGCAGCUACCCGACCAAUCAGAGCACAGAAUAUUGUGACUAACGGAAACGGGCUUCAGAGCUUCACCUCGGUACACGGAGAGAUGAACGGGUGAAUAGUAGUAAAAGCUUCUCCAGAAGGUUCUGUCUUCCAUUUUCACUGCACAGAUUAAACACAUAAAUAUCAAGUUGGUGAAAGCUGGAAUUCAGCUCUGCUGUCAUGGAAACCCCUGGAAACAGCCGUAUACGUCAUAUCACCCGUGUGAACAUCUGCAGCAGCAAAGUCAGCGUUAAACUGAAGCCACGAUGCAGUCCCAGCGUGCUGAACUGUACACCUGUUUAAAACUUUAAUAUAACACCUGAUGAAACACAGAAUAAAAAUUCAGUUUGUUAAACACAUAAAGAACAAACAUUCAAAAAUUUUGACUCCAAAGUUUUCCCUAAUUUGCAGCUUGAUUUAUUUUAAUAUUUUUUUAACGUGUUCCUGAACAUGAGAUGAAACCGUCAGAGUAACGUGGACCCUGCAGCGAGAGGAGAGGGCAGGCGCUGUUUUCACAUUAAAGGCUGAAGACGAAUGUUCUCUGUUUUAAAACCGCAGCUCUUCAGCGGUCUCCUUAUCUGUGUCGAGCUGCCGAUUGUGUUUCGGUUUACAUUAUUACAUUUUACACUUCAGUGUUACUAUUAAACAGCCUGCAGGAGAAGCCAAACACACAUCUGUGGAAAUUUAAACCUUUGCUUUUAUUUUGAAAGUGUGAACCUGAUUUCUGCUGUUCUGCAUGUGUGUGUCGUACACUCGAACUUUAUACUGUAAUACUGUUAAUAUAUAUAUAUUAAUACUAAGAGACGGUAACACCAUAAAUCCGCCGUAUAUAGCUUAUCACAGAGAAUUUAUUUCAACUGGAGUUUUAUUUAUUGUUUUUUCUUUUUUGUUUAUUGGAGAUCAGUAAGUAUUUUUUUUUCUUUGUUUUUUUUUUUGUCAUUGAGACUGUUGGAAAGUGUGAUGCCUUUGCCUCAUUAGACCCCAUGACUUGUCAGAGGAAAAUGCAGGGCUCUUAUUGGCUAAUUCUGUUUAAACAUCAGCAAACAAGUUUGUUUCUGCACAGACUCAACCAGCAGUCAGCCGAUUGUCUGUUGUGCAUUUCAUAGGAAAUUCCCGAUUUUCAAUGGCAAAUUACACGCAACAUCUCGUUCUCUUUCAUAAAGAACUUUUUGCAGCUCGUAGUUUUUAGCCUGUGUGGAAACAGACUGCAAAAGAACAUUUUAAAGAGAUUCACAUCCUCGUUGAGAGCUAAUCUUCCCCUGCACAGAGUCCAGGUGUCGCUGGAUGGGAUUCAUAUAACCUUCAGGUAGUUUUCAGAUUUCAUCCCUUCAAAAACAGAUGUAAUUUCAAAAAGCCAGUUUUUAUUUUUAUUUCAUUUUUUUGUAUUUUUUAUCAGUUUUAAGAGUGUUCAUAUUUUUAAGAGAUAAGCUGUUCUUGAUGUGAAUCUUUAUUUUUUAGCUGUGAAGAAAUCUUAGCAAUAGAGAAAUAAUAAGACAAUAAUAACCAUCGAACAAGGUGUUUGACUCAGAGGAAGCUGACUUUUCAAUCUGCUGUAAAAAUGUCGCAUACAGUUGUAUGUUUGUGGGAGGUUAGAGACAUCCAGGGCCCGUAAACGAACGCACCUCCUUUAUGUUUUAUUGAACGGCAGCAGAAGUCUGAAGUCUUAAAAAGUUAGAAUGGAUUCUAGAGGUGUACAUUUUUUUUAAAUACCAGAAAAAGAUAUCAGACUCUGAAAUUAUUCAGACUUUUGCUCCCCAUGAAUCAUUCAAAUGAAACAAUAAAACAGUGGAGGUGAGUUGCCGUUAUAGGUAGUAAUUCAGAGUGUUUACUGUGUUUCUGUGAAUAAAAUUGGACACUGGCUGCAGUCAAAUGGUCAAAAAAAUGAUCACCUGUGUAAUUUUCUAAUCACUUUUCUUUAACUUCAAUGAAACAUGUUACAAAAGGAUGAUUUAUAAGGACUUCAAAGAGAGCCACAGUGCUCAGAGUCAGACUGUUCACACACUAAACUGGCAGCAGAUGCUUUGGUGUUUCUGUCUCCAGAGAUGCAAAAAUCUCGUCUUAGUUAUUUUGUCCCAUGUGUUCUGUUUCAGGAAGAGUAUGAAUACAGACUUCCUCACCAACCUUUGUCUAAGGCUUUCAGUAUCUGUGACUGAAGUAACAGUAAUAAUCCUCAAAGCUGGCAACACAGCAAUGCACAAAAAGAGAACAUAUCCAUGCAGACUGAGGUAUACUACAACCUUCCCUGUGGCUGUUUUAUUUGACCUAAUUACAUAUAAUUGUUGCAAAUUAGGCAUGGGUAUUAGCUGCUUACCUUUCCUGAGGAAAACUGACUAUUUGACUGCAACCUGUGUGUUUUUCUUUUAGGACUUAAAUGUGUUCAAAGUGAUGCGACGGGGGGAGAGUCAGACUAAAAGUGAAGCUUCUGUCAGCCGUGCUAAUGCUGGGUUAAAACAAAUGACUGUUGAAUGUAACUCUAAACUGUUGAUGUGGUCAGUAGUUUAAUGUUGACUGGGUUUACAGUAAUAAUGUGUACAGAGUUACUGAUUAUUAGAGAUAAUCACAGGUUUUAAUCUGCACGCUGCAGUGUUGUUGUUCCUCAGCUGCUGCUCAAUUGCACAGGAAACGGCAUAUAGAUGUGAAAGUUCAGAGCGCAUGUUUCUUCAGAGGUCACUGAUUGAUCUGCAUUUUUGGUUUUAGGAAUAUGAAAUAAUGUAAAAGAAUUCAGGAGCACACUACGUCCCAGUUGUUGAAAGAAAAGCACUUCUGAGGUUAAAGCAAAGUCAGAAAUCCUUCAGGACGGGAUUUUACAGGUCCAUUUUCAGCAUUCAUUACUUGAGUUUUCCACAUACAAUGUGUUGCCUAAUGCAAAGUUAACAGAUCAUCAUACAAUGGCGUGUACUACUUUAUUAAAAGGUGCACGUAAGACAGACUGGGCUGGUUCUCAAACUACAAACGCUGUAUUUUCACAUGUACUUGUCUUCUCUCUCUUUUCCAUUCUAAUAAUAUCCAGUUUAUGAAGCUCAGGGAAGGGAACAGUACAUUGUGAUGUAUGAAGCCAUUACUUUCCCUUCUUUAAAUAGUCUCCAUUUAUAACAACAAAAAGACGUCAUUAAAAGCAAAAGCUGGAUCAUCAUUUCAUGCAUUGGUGUGUACUGCUCCCACCACAAGCCAAACGUUUCACAGACCCUGAACUGGCAGCUUUGUUAAAUGUGCCCAUAUUGUGCUGCUUUGUGGAAGUAGGGAGACUGUACUUGUACAUAUGUGUCCUCUUGCUUAGAUCCAGUUUGCACGGCUCUGUGAUGGGAGCAGUACAUCCUGGUGUAUGAACUCUUCAGUUUGCCUCUAUUUCAUACAACAAAAACACUCUUGAUGCCUUUUAGAGGGAAGUUAAUGUCCUUAAAAUUGAAAGCCGGUGCUCCUGAUGCUAAACUUCAAAUCCACUGUUGCUAAAGGGGAUUUUUUUUGUUGUAUUAACACCUUUUAUCAGAUUUGGACAUUUUGCUUUUACAUGAAUUAUUAAACAAAACGGGACACAAAGCAAUCAUGCAAAGUGAGGCAGCAGCAGGGUUCAUGUCUGGUAUGUUUGUCACGUUUAGGAACAUUUUAGUGACCUAUGGAGAAAUAUGCAUGUUUCUGGUCCACAUAGAUGCAAAUGCUGUUUUCUCUGCUUUUGUAAAUGAACUAACAUGCUUUGUUUUGGUCGACACCAUACCAAAGUUAUCUGCAAUAUACUGCACUGCAUGAUGGGAUUCUUCCAGAUAACUUCUAUGCUGUUCAUUUGAAUAAUCUUCCAUUUGCCAAGAAAGCACUGCGACAUAUCUGAUGCUAUAAUGGAUCUGCAUACUUGAAAUAUGAGUCCAAGUAUGAAAAAGAAAGUAUAUCCUGUUAUUGUGUACAAUUAUGUUUACUUCAUGUAUACUGGAUAUAUUUAAAGUA